AUUCCUCAAAUAUUCAUUCUUCCUUCCCACUUCCUCGCACCCACACACAAUCUCUUCUCCUGGUCAAACGCUGCUGUGUACAUGUCAAGCACUCGGCUCAAUACAAAGGCACACAUAAAGUGUCAACCCCAGACCAAAGAGAAGAACACCUUUUGCUCUCUCCAUAUCAUGACGUCUACACCUGAAGUCUGAUGUUAUGAAUUGAACAGAGUUCUGCUUUUCAUGUAAGGUACCACGACGACAAACCUCCAGAUUCCAGACACGAUCUUUCAUAUUCAUUCCUUCGUUGGCCCUUCUUUUCUCUCAUUUCAGACGUCACAAUGUCCAAAGAAUCACCCUACACCACGGUCCUCUCCUCCCUACUUCCCCCAUCAACACCACAUAUCCCUCUCUCGCUCCCCGUCUCACCUCACAAACUACAUAUCCCGGCCCAGAACAUAUCUUCGCUACAACUACACCCUGUCAUCGAAUCUGCUCUACACAUAAUCAACCUCGACCUCCCAUCCGCCCACUUCCUGCUCAGGCACAUGCAAGCCCAGCCAGCCUGGGAAGCAAUGUACCUGCACGGCAUCCUGCACCGAAUUGAAGGCGACAUGGACAACACGCGAGCAUGGUACGGCGACGUCAAAGACAGCGAAGUUUUCCAGACCGUUUGGCGCGACGACAACGAUGACUCGAAAUCAGAUGCUGACACUAACCCCGACGAGACUCCCGCGCUUGAUCGAGCAAGGUCCUUUCUCGACAAGGUCGAAUCAUACAAGGACAGUCUAUUGUCGAAGGCACGGGCGUCAAAGUCCUCACCAUCCGUUGACGUCGACACGAUAGCAUCAACAUCCCUGAGUGAACUCCGGCGCUUCCUUUCCUUCUGUGAAUCGAAAUUUGGCACCGAUCCCGUCACCGACGCUUCGAGCGUCUGGAUCUCCAUGGGCGACAAGCACAAGGACCAGGCCGCGCAGAUGAUUACUGGUGGCGAGGGAUGGAGGGAGUUCUGAAAGCUGAAAGCAAAGCUCGGCUACUCAUCCCCUCGUUAGGGUCAGCCCCAAUUGCCAGCAGGUGUGUCAAUCACGACGAUGUUUCCCACCACGUCAAGAAUACUUUCAUUUGAGUUGGCAGUCGCUCGACAGGCAGAGUCACCUUUGCGGAGCACUCGCUAGCAUCUUAAGACGAAUGCUGUCCCCAAUUACUAUUGAA